CGUGUGCGCCAGAGGCGCCGGGCGCCGGGCGGCGCCCUCGCUGGGGGCGGGCCCGGAGCGUUUCGGCACCGCCCUUAACCCCGCCUCUAGCUGGUGCUGCCCCGGCUUGCGGGCAGGGACGUAGUCGCACUGGAAGUGACGUUUUACAGGGGCGGAGCGCCCGCCAGAUUUGAAAAAGUGACGUGACGCGACGUGUGGCGCAGCGGCCCGGGUGUGGGCCCCGCUGGGUGAACCCCACUUCCCUCGGGUCAGGCCUGCAAAAUGGAUCUCUUAACGUUUCCCAGAUAUAAUCCCAAUGACAUCAUAACUCACAUCCGCAAUCGGCUCCUAACAGGUUCUGAAGCUAAAAACCUCUCAAAAAAUGACUUGUUUCCAAAUCCCAAGCCUGAGGUAUUGCACAUGAUCUUCAUGAGAACCUUGCAGAAUGUGUAUGGAAUCCGUCUGGAGCACUUCUACAUGAUGCCGGUCAAUGCUGACAUAAUGUAUCCACAGAUUGUUGAAGGCUUCCUACCUAUUUGUAACUUGUAUAUUAAUAUGGAGCGUUUUCUUCCAGUCUGCCGUAUUAAUGACUUUCAGAUUGCUGAUGUCAUAAACCCAAAAGCAAAGCGGACAGCUCGUUUCUUGAGUGGCAUUCUUAACUUUAUUCACUUCCAAGAAUCACGUCGUGAGAUCUACAUGGAAUUCCAGUGGGCAUAUAAAUCAGCUCUGGAAAAAAUACAGCAACUGCAGACAGCAAAUCAGGAGGCAGCAGUGAAGCUAGAAAAACUUGACAUGAUUCCAGUAGAGCAGAAAGCAGAGUUCAAGCAGCUGUCUGAUGAUAUUCAAGAAUUGCAGCAAGUACUAAACCAGGACUAUCGUCAAAAAACGACAGCCUUGCAAGAAGUGACUUCCCAAAAGAAAGCAGAAGUUGCAGAGAGAACCCGAAGUCUGAAUCAGCUAAAAGUGACAAUGGCUACUUUGAAAGAAGAACAAGAGCAACUGAAAUCAAAAAUUGUAGAGUCUCCAGAGGAACUGAAGAAUUACAAAGAACAUAUGAAGGAGACUGUCCAGAAACUCAAGAAAACCAAGCAAGAGGUUAUUGAGAAGUAUGAAGGUUAUCGAGACCUAGUUGAGAUUCUGCCAUCAUGUCAAUCGGAGGUGCAAUUAUACCAAAAGAAAAUGCAAAGCCAAGGAGCAAAUGUGGAGAGAAUGGCCAAUAUCUCAUCAGAGGUCAGAAAUCUCGAGGACCAGAUUGAGAAUGGCCAGUCAGAGCUGAAGAAUGCCGCGACAGAUGAAAUGUCCUUAAAGAGACUGGUCAACGCUAAGCGCGAGAAGCUGUCUACGGCUGAAAUAAGGAUAAAAAAGAAACAUGAGGACGUUGAGCAGUACAAGCGCACAGUAUUUGAGUAUUGUAACAGAGUUCAGGAGAAGAGAGGGGCUGUCUAUGAGAAGGUGACGGCGAUUCACAAGGCAAUCCAGCAAGUCAGAUUAAAAGUCCAGUUGCUGAACGAGAACACUGAAAAGGAAAAAAUGAAAGCACAGGAGAUCUAUCUUAACCUGAGGGCUGGCUUGGAGAAAUACCAUGAAGCUCUGGCAAAGAUAGCAGAGAGCUAUGCAGCCUCACGAGAUGAAAAAACUGCUGAAUUAAAGAGGAGAAUGCUUUGAGUUCAGACUUCCUGAACUAGCUGUUAUACUGGCUUUCACUUGGACUCUGCUUAUUGUAUUUAUCCUCAUGUUUGGGUUUAAAAUAUUGCAUUUUAUGUGGGAAGCUUCUAAAUACGACCUCAGAACACAUUUAGUAUUGUAGAAAGGCCCUGGUGCUGUCAACUGAUUAACUUUGGUAAAAAUGUACUUCAACAUCCUGUCUGCAUUAUCUUUCUCAGUUCUGAUUCUUCUAGUGGUAAGUUUACCAAUUUAUCUUGUUCAUAUAAAAUAGUUUGAGGGUUAAUUUCAGCUUUUAGUGUAACUACAGUUUUAGCAGAAACUACACUGAGGAUGUUGGAUUGGGGUAGCUUUGGUUUGAAUGGAGGUAUCUUCUUAGAUCUUGGUUGUAGUAUUUUCCAGGUAUAUCGAACACAGUCUGAAUUAUCUUAAGUUCCAUCUGAUUUCGAGACAAGUCUUACUGAGAUCAUCAUGAUGGGAGAGUGGAUUCUUAUAUAAACUCUGGCUUGCUCUGCCUGUGACAUCCAGCGAUAAAGAAGCCCUCAGAGGAAAGUCCUGUUUGGGGAACUACAUAAAUUCAGUUGGUGUUGCUGUGUCUCUUUCUGGAAGCUUGAAUCCAUGGUUUCUGCUCGGUGUGUAUUGAACACUCAUUUGUGUUUGUACAAGAUGAGUCCAUGUUUGGGCAGAUA